AGGAUGCCCCCCAGAGCACACAUUGUGCAACUUCAAACUGAGUUUUACGUACGCCAGUAAUUUGCAAACGUGCUCCGCAGAGUGUCCUGGGGUUGCAACGGAGAAUCCCUUAUUGAUUGCAUCGCCGUGGGUAUCGGACCUGGGAUCUCCAUCCCUGAUUUCCCUCCUACUCUCUCUCCAGGAUUUCCACCAUCGUGGAUGAAGUUUUGUAUUUUUUUUGGCGGCAGUCUGCGAGAACAGCUGUUACCCGGCCGAGUUUCACUUUCGUUUCCGGAAUGUAAUGAGAAUAAUUACGUUACGAAAAAAACCCUGAAACAAAUUACGGUUGACUCACGGCGACUCGUCUCUUCAAAGCGCAGUAUUCAGUGACGCUUUGAACCUCGCCCCCUUGAUUCACUUUAUUUCGACUUUCAGAGUUGUAACUCUUCGCUCGAGUAUCACUUAACUUAAAACUCAGACUUAAGAUGUCCAGGAAACGUAGUUUGAAGGAAAAACGUGAAGUCGGGCUGCAGUUCAUAAGAUUUCUCCAGGAUACAGGCCAACAACAAGUGACCGACAAAGAACAACUUAAAAAUAUUUACAAUUCUCAGUUCAGGGGCAGAGAUGGUGUUUUGAGUGUCAACUUCUCCAGUGUAAUUUAUUCUCUAGCGAAAUCAGGCAAGGCCCGAGUGAGUGACAGUAAGAUUUUCUUUUCCUCUCAGAGGCGAAAACUGGUGUAUGCUGACCAGUAUUAUCAUCCGUCCAACUCCGCCAGCAACUUGGCAUCAGCGCAGUCUCCAUCCUUACCCGCUGAUCAAGGGAAGAGGGGCCGUGCCAGAAAAAUCAUUCGUCAGCUGAAAAAUAACAGGAAUGAGUUGAUCCAGAAUAAAAAUGGCAUAAAGGUAGAAUCAACCUGGGACACUGAUGGAGGGAAAAUCCAAGUGCUCGUUAGUCCCAACCAGCUGAGUACUGUUUCAAUCGAUGUGGUGAACGAGGGCACAGAAUCAGUGACCUUUUUAAGAUGCGAGAUGCUCCGCCGGUUCCACAUGUUCACCUUGAGGGAUGAGAAGAACGUGACCCAUUCCCAAUCUUUUCAGCUGGAAGCAGGAGCUGCUCAUACAAUUGAAAUAGAUUGCUCUGUAAUUCACAGUGGCUAUUUCCCAAUAACGCUCGUCUUUCAGUUCCGAGAUGAGAGCUCAAACACUUUCAAUAUCAUUCGCUUCUUCGCGGCAAGAACAACCAGCAGUCUGAUUGAAGAAUUAAAGCCCACCGCACCCUACAGGCCGUACCAGCUGUGCACUCGUCGUCCUACUGAAGAGAUUAUUGAAGAAGGAGAGAGGCCGGAGUGUACCAACAACAAUCAACUGGAACAAAACAUUUUGCUUGGCCAGUACAAAUACACUAAAAACACUUUGAAAGCAGUAAAAAGUGGACUGAAGGAUAACCAACAUGUCAGUCCUGAAGUGAGUGUGGAGACAAGAAGGAUUAAUUCUCUACUGACUUCUGAACUGGAGUUCGAAAACUAUGAUGAGAGAUUUUCAUUGUUGCUCCACUUGGAGGAAAUUCAGAUGGAAGUUGACAUUACCAGGUACAAUAUGGAGAAUGUUGCCAUGACGAGGGACGGAAGGCUUCUUGUUCUCAAGGUCCCUGGUGUUGCUGAAAAUAGACCCUCAGUGCUCAGAGGAGAUCAUCUACUGGUGUCAAAGAGUGACAGUCGAGAGCAACCAAUCACUCGCUACAAGGGCUAUGUACAUCAUGUAGAACUGGACCAAGUUAAGUUGGGAUUUUCCCAGAAGCUUUUGGAUGAUUUUAUAAACAAAAUGAAGUUCAAUGUAAUGUUUACAUUUAACCGAUUCCCAAUACGAAUGCAACACCGGGCAGUGUAUUUAGCCAAGUCCAAUGGUCUAAAGAAUGUGCUCUUUCCAACUUCCUCUAAUAAUAAUUGCAUCCAUCCUCUGGAACAAAGGUUGAGCUUUUAUGAUCGGUGCCUUGAGGACAAUCCUGAACAAGCCAGAGCUGUCAGAUGCAUCGUUGCUGGCAUCUCCAGACCUGCUCCAUACUUGAUAUUUGGUCCACCAGGAACUGGAAAAACUGUCACUAUUGUGGAAGCUAUAAAACAGGUGCUAAACUGUAUACCAACGGCCCAUAUCCUGGCUUGUGCACCAUCUAACAGUGCUACUGACCUGCUCUGCCAACGAAUCAGGAGGUCUGUUGAGAAAAGACAUAUUUACCGCCUCAAUGCUGCCAGUCGGAACUGGGACUCCGUCCCCUCGGAUGUGAAGGAGUACUCCAACUGGAAUGAAUCUACUAGGAGUUAUGAGGUCCCAUCCAAAGAUGUGCUAAAGCAAUAUCGAGUCAUUGCCAGCACUUUGAUAACUGCUGGAAGACUAGCUUCUGCAAAUUUUCCACCUGGCCAUUUCUCUCAUGUGUUCAUUGACGAGGCUGGACAUGCUGUUGAACCUGAAAGUAUCAUUGCAAUUGCAGGAUUGCUAGAUCCAGUGGAUUUGGGAAACAAAGAUGGUGGACAGCUGGUUCUGGUUGGGGAUCCAAAGCAGCUGGGACCUGUGCUGAGAUCUCCCAUCGCCAUCAGGCACGGACUAGAAUUGUCUUUGCUGGAGCGGCUGAUGAAUGGGAAUGCUCUUUACCAGAAGGAUCCAGACAGUGGAUCUUACAACCAAACUUUUGUAACAAAGCUUCUUCGUAAUUACAGGUCCCAUCCUGAGAUUCUCAAGAUUCCUAAUGAAUUGUUCUAUGAAGAAGAGCUUCAGAAUCAUGCUGAUCCAAUAAUCAGCAACUCCUACUGCCAGUGGGAACAUUUGCCAAAGCAGAAUUUCCCCAUAAUCUUCCAUGGAGUUCUUGGACAAGAUCAGAGAGAAGAGAAGAGCCCAUCCUUCUUCAAUGUUGACGAGAUUGAUCAAGUGCUGUUCUACCUCAAAAGCCUUCUGACCAACCAGGGAAAGAAAGGUCUUGCCAAGAUUUCCCCAAAAGAAAUUGGAGUGAUUACUCCUUACAGGAAACAGGUGGAAAAGAUCAGAAAAGCAAUAAAUAAAGUGGACAGAGACCUGAAAGCAAUGAAUGAUAUCAAGGAGUUGAAGGUAGGAUCAGUCGAGGAGUUCCAGGGACAAGAACGGAAGGUAAUCAUCAUCUCCACUGUCCGAAGCAGCUCAAACUACCUACAGAUGGAUGAAGAUUUCAAUCUAGGAUUCCUCAAAAACCCAAAGCGAUUUAAUGUUGCACUGACCAGAGCAAAGGCGCUGUUGAUAGUGAUUGGAAAUCCUAUAAUCCUAACCAAGGACCCAAACUGGAACAGGUUCCUAGAUCACUGCAAGGUCAAUCAAGGUUACACUGGCUACAGAGAUAGAGAUGAAGAUGAGAUUGAAAAUGGCCUCAUUGAUCAGCUUGAGCAGCUCAACCUUGGCAGCGAAUCAACAGGAGAUCCUAAUGAUAUCAGCAUUGCCCAACAAUACGUGGAGCCAGAAUGGAGGAGUGAAGUUUAAUUGACACUGGACAAGGUGUGAUAGUACCUUGACACCUACAUGAUUAAAAUUGAAGGAAAUGCUGUGUUAGGGAAAUGUUUAUACAAUAUUUAAAUACAAACUAAUUCUUAAUUGAAUCUGAACCAAAAAUAAUAAAUUGCAUACCUGUGCACUUUCCAUUUUCUACCAAUGAGUUGAUACUGUAGUUCUCCAGUAUUUUUUUAUGGCUGCAUGAGUUUCAUAUUGAAUUUUGGUAACUUUGAGUCAUAUGCAAUUGAAGUUUGUGCUCUUUAUAAAUUAAGCAGUUUUACACAGACCAGAAGGAUCAUUUUUACAUUUGAAUUUGUUUAAUUUGACUAGGCAAGAGUUUACAGGAUCUAGAAGUCAGGGUCAGUGCGCGGCAACCAGAGGACUGUAUUCCUAUCUGAAACUUGUCACAGGAAAGGGCUGGAUUGAAGUUAACUGAGGACAUAGUCAGAAUUGAAAAAGGUGUCUGCUUGGUACUUAAGUAAACAAAGGAUUCCUGAGACUUUUUAAAAAGCAUGUUACCUUUGUCAGGUCUUUAAUGCUUUUUAAUAGACUAAUUAUAGCAGAAACUUUAACCAGAAAAUUUACCUAAAGGCUCAAUUUAACUACCUGUGCACUGUCCAAGAUAGAUCUUUUAUGCUGAUCUUGUUUUUUUCUGAAAAUGUGUAGGCAAUUGGGAGCAGGGACAUUUACUCAAAGUACUAAAUAGUCACUUUAACUGUUAGUUUGCGUAAUCUGAUUUAAGCAAUCAACCUCAAAGUGCAAAGUAAGCUAAUGUGCUGAAAAAAAUAAUAAGGCUCAAUUCUAAUGCACUGCAGAUGCUUUCUCUCCACCCUUUCAAAUACAAUCCCAUAUUUCUGCAUUUUGGCUUUGAAAGCUUACUUGGGAACUGUACUAAAUUAUGGUAGCAGUGCUCAUUAGUAGCAAGUUUUCCCAAUGUUACCUCAAUCACUGAAAUCCAACUAGAUAAAAUAUUUUAAAGUUUGAAACCAAAUGUAUAAUUUGAGUCUGGGUAAAUAUGGAAUGGAACAGAAUAGCACACUGCCAACUUAUUUCAACCUACUCCACAAUCAAUCUGAUCCUUUCCUCCUACAUAACCCAAUAUUUUUCUUAAAUCUACAUGCCUAUUUAAAUACUUUCUUAAAUGUCCCUAUACAAGUGUUUCAGGUACUUAACCACUGUUUAUAAAACUACCUCUAACAUCUCCCCUAUACUUUUCUCUUAAAUGAUGAUCUCUGGUAUUGGCCAUUAGCUGCCCUGGGAAAGAGAAUGUGCUGUUAUCUACUGUAUCAAAUCACCUCUCAUGCUGCUUCACUCUGAAGAGAAAAGCCCCAGCUUACUCAACCUUUCCCUCACAAAGAAUUAAUUAUGUACUGCACGAACCUUUAAUAACAGGCUGCAUUGGUUACAACCCUGCAACACUUGGCAUAAUUUCAAAAUGCCUUGUUAGAAUUCCCUCUUGCAUAUCACUGUCCAAGAUAUUUUGGUUACAGUCUUAAAUACACAAGUUGGUGUUAAAACUGCUCAGCAUUUAUACUGGAAUAGUUAAUGCCUUUGUAAAUUCAUACUCAACCUACAUUUCUGAUCCAAAUAAAACAAAUGUUCCCAUCAUAUUGUUCGGUUGGGUUGGUUCUUAAUGCUAACAAUACAUUCCACUGUAUGUUUCAAUGUAUGAGAUAAAUAAACAAAUUCAAAUGAGUUGUAAAGACCUGUGGCUUCUUAUCUAGCUACUGCUGCAUAAAAACAAUGGAAAUAACUGACAAGCUGUUAAGGUUGCUGGCAGGAUGUAAAAGAGCUUUGCAAAGCAAUAUUUGAAUGUGUCAGAUACAUGUCACCUCAGUUGUUUUAGAUGGGAUAGUGGGAGGGAUGGCAUGAGUAGAAGGGAAAAAGUCAGCAGUGCUCCAUCAGGCCAGACUAGAGUUGUCGUCAAGUGAAGCUUUAUGGGUGGGACAGAGGAUGAAGAAAGGCAUGACCACAUUGAGCUAUAAUGUAAAACACCCAACAGCCCACAAGAUUUAGAACAAAUUUCUAGAGAGCAGACUGCAGUAGAUGGUUGCCUCCCUACCUGGAGGUCUGUGACUCGUAGAGUGCUGUAGAGAUCAGUACCGAGUUCAUUUUUGAUACAGAUGACAAAUGUGGUCAACUGGAUCAGCAAAUUUGCAAUGGCUCCAGGAUUGGGGUUUAGGAGACAGCAAAGACUACUUGAAGCUGGUAUGGAAUCUGAACCAGAUGGAAUUUAAUGCAGACAAGGAAACUAUUGAGUAAGGAGUUGGGAUGUUAGCUGAAGUUGUACAAGACAUCGGUGAGGCCUAAUUUGGAGUAUUGUUGCAAUUUUUGUCAUCCUAUGGGAAAGAUGCAAAUUUUCUUUGUAUUCUUUCAAUUUUAUUUACAAGGAAAUUGCCAGGACUUGAGGACUCGUGUUAUCCCCCAGAAAGUAGAUUGGAGGGAGAUUUGAUAGUGUUAAACAAAAUUAUGAGGGAGAUAGAUGGGGAUAUGCAAGCAAGCUUCUUCUACUGAAGUUGGGUGAGACUACAAUGAGGUAAAGGCUUCUGGCUGUAUGUAUUGACUAGUUAAUAGAAACAUAGAAAAUAGGUGCAGGAGUAGGCCAUUCGAGCCUCCACCACCAUUUAUUAUGAUCAUGGCUGAUCAUCCAACUCAGAACCCCGCCCCAGCCUUCCCUCCAUACCCCCUGACCCCCGUAGCCACAAGGGCCAUAUCUAACUCCCUCUUAAACAUAGCCAAUGAACUGGCCUCAACAGUUUCCUGUGGCAGAGAAUUCCACAGAUUCACCACUCUCUCUGUGAAGAAGUUUUUCCGAAUCUCGGUCCUAAAAGGCUUCCCCUCUAUCCUCAAACUGUGACCCCUCGUUCUGGACUUCCCCAACAUCGGGAACAAUCUUCCUGCAUCUAGCCUGUCCAAUCCCUUUAGGAUCUUAUACGUUUCAAUCAGAUCCCCCCUCAAUCUUCUAAAUUCCAACGAGUACAAGCCCAGUUCAUCCAGUCUUUCUUCAUAUGACAUUAGAUUAAGAGCAUAGUAACAAAUAAAAACCAGCUUACACAACAGCAGGAAAUAAGAUCAUAUGACCUUGAUUUUGCACUUCCCCCUUCAACUAUAAUAUGUACAGGAGAGAAGUUCCACCUCUGCUACUCAAGUCUGCAACGUUCUGCUUCCCAUGAUUAAGAGAAAUCAAGUGUUUGGGAAAGAAUCAGUACUGCACAGAAUGACAGCAAGUUAUACAAACUGGCAAAGGAAAUUCAGUUUAACUAGCCAGUCACUUCCUAACAAAGACUAUGCUUUAAAACAAAAAAAAAAAUUGGCAUAUCUAUGGCCAGAGAAAGUCAGUUUUAAACAGCAAAGGAGAAUACCUGAUUGGGCAAGACCAAGGCUAAUGUUGUGAGGUAAUUUGGCUGUUUACCAUCCAUCUGUGAAAGGAAGCAAAAACAGAACUUGUACAGAGUGGAGGGUGGCUUUAAGGGCUGCAAGGUUGGGGAGUAGCAUUGCUUGUUUGGGAAAAUAUUAUAGCAGUGCUCAGGCAGGACAGAUUAGAGGGCUUGUCUACCGAGUCCUUAUGGGUGGAGCUGAGAAACAGGAAAGGUACGGCCACAUUAGUGGGAUUGUAUUACAGACCACCCAAUAAUCAACAAGAAUUGAAAGAGCAAAUCUGCAGAGAGAUAGCAGGCAACUGCAGGAAACAAAGUUGUGGUGGAAGGGGAUUUUAAUUUUCCAUAUAUUGAUUGGGUCUCCCAUACUGUUAGGGGUCUAGAUGGUUUAGAGUUUGUAAAAUGUGUUCAGGAAAGUUUUCUAAAUCAAUAUAUAGAGGGACCAACUAGAGGGGAUGCAAUAUUGGAUCUCCUGUUAGGAAACGAGUUAGGACAAGUGACGGAAGUCUGUGUAGGGGAGCACUUUGGUUCCAGUGAUCAUAACACCAUUAGUUUCAACUUGAUCAUGGACAAGGAUAGAUCUGGUCCGAGGGUUGAGGUUCUUAACUGGAAGGCAGCCAAAUUUGAAGAAAUGAGAAAGGAUCUAAAAAGCAUGGAUUGGGACAGGUUGUUCUCUGGCAAGGAUGUGAUCAGCAGGUGGGAAGCCUUCAAAGCAGAAAUUUUGAGUGUGCAGAAUUUGUAUGUUCCUGUCAGGAUUAAAGGCAAAGUGAAUAGGAAUAAGGAACCUUGGUUCUCAAGGGAUAUUGCAACUCUGAUAAAGAAGAGGGAGUUGUAUGACAUGUAUAGGAAGCAGGGAGUAAAUAAGGUGCUUGAGUAUAAGUGCAAGAAAAUACUUAAGAAAUCAGGAGGGCUAAAAGACAUGAGGUUGCCUUAGCAGUCAAAGUGAAGGAUAAUCCAAAGAGCUUUUACAGGUAUAUUAAAAGGAUUGUAAAGGAUAAAAUUGGUCCUCUUGAAGAUCAGAGUGGUCCGCUAUGUGCAGAACCAAAGGAAAUGGGGGAGAUCUUAAAUAGGUUUUUUGCAUCUGUAUUUACUAAGGAAACUGGCAUGAAUUCUAUGGAAUUAAGGGAAACAAGUAGCGAGAUCAUGGAAACUGUACAGAUCGAAGAGAGGAGGUCCUUGCUGUCUUGAGGAAAAUUAAAGUGGAUAAAUCCCCAGGACCUGACAGGGUGUUCCCUCGGACCUUGAAGGAGACUAGUGUUGAAAUUACAAGGGCCCUGGCAGAAAUAUUUAAAAUGUCACUGUCUACAGGUGAGAUGCCGGAGGAUUGGAGAGUGGCUCAUGUUGUUUCGUUGUUUAAAAAAGGAUCGAAAAGUAAUCCGGGAAAUUAUAGGCCAGUAAAUUUAACGUCAGUAGUAGGUAAGUUAUUGGAGAGAGUACUAAGAGACAGAAUCUACAAGCAUUUGGAUAGACUGGGACUUAUUAGGGAGAGUCAACAUGGCUUUGGUCAAAUAUGACCUACCACGCACAAUCUAUUGGAGUUUUUCGAGGAGGUUACCAGGAAAGUGGAUGAAGGGAAGGCAGUGGAUAUUGUCCACAUGGACUUCGACAAGGCCUUUGACAAGGUCCCACAUGGGAGGUUAGUUAGGAAAAUUCAGUCGUUAGGUAUACAUGCAGAGGUGGUAAAUUGGAUUAGACAUUGGCUCAAUGGAAGAAGCCAAAGAGUGGUAGUAGAGAAUUGCUUUUCCGAGUGGAGGCCUGUGACUAGCAGUGUGCCACAGGGAUCAGUGCUGGGUCCAUUGUUACUUGUCAUCUAUAUCAAUGAUCUGGAUGAUAAUGUGGUAAAUUGGAUCAGCAAAUUUGCUGAUGAUACAAAGAUUGGAGGUGUAGCAGACAGUGAGGAAGGUUUUCAGAGCCUGCAGAGGGACUUGGACCAGCUGGAAAAAUGGGCUGAAAAAUGGCACAUGGAGUUUAAUACAGACAAGUGAGGUAUUGCACGUUAAAAGGACAAACCAAGGUAGAACAUAGGGUUAAUGGUAAGGCACUGAGGAGCGCAGUGGAACAGAGGGACCUGGGAAUACAGAUACAAAAUUCCCUAAAAGUGUCGUCACAGGUAGAUAGGGUCGUAAAGAGAGCUUUUGGUACAUUGGCCUUUAUUAAUCGAAGUAUUGAGUAUAAGAGCUGGAAUGUUAUGAGGAGGUUGUAUAAGGCAUUGGUGAGGCCGAAUCUCGAGUACUGUGUUCAGUUUUGGUCACCAAAUUACAGGAAGGAUAUAAAUAAGGUUGAAAGAGUGCAGAGAAGGUUACAAGGAUGUUGCCGGGACUUGAGAAACUCAGUUACAGAGAAAGGUUGAAUAGGUUAGGACUUUAUUCCCUGCAGCACAGAAGAAUGAGGGGAGAUUUGAUAGAGGUAUAUAAAAUUAUGAUGGGUAUAGAUAGAGUGAAUGCAAGCAGGUGGCAAGGGGAGAAAAACACCAGAG